AUGGGAUCUGUGCUGGAAAACUAUGGGAAAUGGGAAUUUUUUUUGGAUUUAUUUCUGGGAUCUGGCGCUGCUCUUCCCAGCCCUGGGAAUUCCAGCAUUCCAGAGGUUCCUGGAUGUUUUUUCCAGAGCCGCAAGGACAAGGAGAGGCCGAAGCAGAAGCACAAGAAGAGGCCGGAGUCUCCCAGCAGCCUCCCCCCAGCACCCACAGCCCCCGUGGCAGAGAAGGUACCGGGUGCAGGGAUGGGGAAAUCCUCCCAAAAAAUGGGGAAGGGUGGGAAAAUCCACCCCAAAAAAAUGGGAAAGGGUUGGAAAAUCCAUCCGGAAAACCUGUCCGGCAAGGAGGUUUUGGGGGCCCAGCUGGCUGGAUCCACCUCCACCUCCUCCUCGCCCUUCUCCGGGGGGUCCCUCGUCAGCUCCAGCGUGGGCAGCUCCUCCCGCAGCUUCGGCCACGCCUCCAGCCUGCCCAGCCUCAGCGUGGAGUCGCCGCUGCUGGGCUCAGGGAUCUACACCAGCAACAAGGACCCGAUCCCGCUGGGCGCGGCGCUGCGCGCUGUCUGCAGCACCCCGCUGCCCUCGGGGCUGCUGCCGCACCAGGGCGGCGCCGCGCUGCCGCAGCUCAGCCGCUCGCCCUUCGCCAGCUCCAUCCCCGCCUGCUCCUCCUCCGCCGGCUCCACCACCCAGGUGUUUUCCCUGGCGGGUUCCACCUUCAGCCUCCCUUCCUCGCACAUUUUUGGGAGCCCCCUGACCUCGGGGCUGUCCCUGAACCCCCUCCUGAGCCAGCCAGAGAGCAGCCGGGCAGAACCCCGGGGGCUUUGGGGGAAGGAUCCUGCAUCCCGCCUGACCUUGGAGGUCUUGUCCGAGGAGAACGAUUCCGUCUGUGCAUGGAGAGAGGCAGCGGAUCCCCCGGGAUUACCGGAUCUCCCCGGGAUUAUCGGAUCUCCCCGGGAUUAUCGGAUCCCCCGGGGUUACUGGAUCCCCCUGAGGUUACCGGCUCCCCCGGGAUUACCGGAUCCUCCAGGGUUAUCGGAUCCCCAGCGAUUACCGGAUCCCCCCGGGGUUAUCGGAUCCCCAGCGAUUACCGGAUCCCCCCGGGGUUACCGGAUCCCCCGAGGUUACCGGAUCCCCAGCGAUUACCGGAUCCUCCAGGGUUAUCGGAUCCCCAGCGAUUACCGGAUCCCCCCGGGGUUAUCGGAUCCCCAGCGAUUACCGGAUCCCCCGGGGUUAUCGGAUCCCCCGGGGUUACCGGAUCCGCCAGGGGCUGCGGGCAGCUCCUGGGACGGGAUUUGUCCCUCCCGGAGCUCCGAGAAUUUAGCACGCCGGCCCCGGCAGCAGAGCCCCCAGCGUGUGGCAGGGGCUGUGCUAUGGGGUCUGACUGUGGAUCUUGUGAUCCCCUUUCCCGUUUCCUCCCUUUUUUUCCCCGUUUUCUCCCUUCUCCCCGUUCCCCCCGCAGUUGUGGAGAUGCUGAAGGCGCUGCACUCGCUGCAGAAGGAGAACCAGCGGCUGCAGGAGCAGAUCAUGACGCUGACGGCCAAGAAGGAGCGGCUGCAGCUGCUCAAUGUCCAGCUGUCCGUCCCCUUCCCCGUGGUGACCAGCAGCAACGGGCCCGGCAGCCAGGGACAGUACAUGCUGCCCGCCACCGCCUGCACCGGUGACUCCCUGAGCAUCAGCAAGAGCCCCCCGUGCAAGAACAGCUUCGGCAUCGAGAACUCGCUCUCCACGUCCUCCGAGGACCCUCACUCGGGCUGUCCCAGCAGGAGCAGCUCCUCCCUGUCCUUCCACAGCACGCCCCCUCCCCUGCCCAUGCUGCAGCCCAGUCCCGCCUCGCUGCCCCUGCCCGGGGCGCAGCAGGUGAACGGCCUGGCCAGGGUGGCAGGCGGGGGGCUGGCCGGAGGCUCCGGGGCCGGCCACAGCCUCCUGUCGGCGGUGCCCGUGGUGGACAGCCUGCUGGGCAGCCUGGGAGCCCAGCAGAUGCCCCUCAACGGGAUCCUGGGGAGCCUGAACGGAGCGCAGCCCGCCCAGCCUCCACCGCAGGCCAGCGGCACGCCGGCCCUGCAGCUCUCCACCAGCCUGAGCAGCGUGGCCAGCCUGAGCCCCCUGACGGAGCAGCAGCGGCACGUCCUGCAGCAGCACGAGCAGCAGCUGCAGCAGCUCCAGCAAGGAGUUAAAUCUGAGUUUGCUGCAUCCUGCGGGGGUGAGGGGCGUGAAAAUCGGGAGGGGGAAACUGGGAGAGGAGAGCUGGAGGUGCCUCAGCUCCGCAGGGGGCUGAGGAUGAUGAGGAUUGGGGAGCACAGACAGGCCCAGGCUGCUCCAGGGCCCUUGGAUCCCUGCCUGCACCCCAGUUUGGGGAUGGAGGUGGAGGCGUGGCAAACAAAUCCUUGA